AUGUCCUGUUCCACCUUGCGGAAAACACCUCCCACUGCAAAAGAUAUGAAGAGCACUACUCAGGGGACCACACUGAAGCAGCAGGGUUUUCAUGAGUUGAACAAAAGAAGAGCUUUUUUACAAGAUAACAGCUGGAUAAAGAAGCGUCCUGAAGAAGAACGAGAUGAGAACUAUGGUAGGGUGGUGCUCAGCCGACAUAAUUCCCAUGAUGCUUUGGACAGGAAAACAAACGGGAGAGAUGAGCCAAAAGCCACAAUUAGUCGGUACAGAUCUGAUGACACUUUGGACAGGAUCUCAGACAGAAAUGAUGCUGUUAAAACAUAUAAGGCCAAUACCUUGGAUAACCGACUAACUAAUAGAAGCUUGUCCACGUUCAGAUCACCAGAAGCAACAAAAAUGCAACCUGGAGGUUUGCUCAAUACAAAUACCACCAACACCCCCACCUCUACCUCUGCUACAACUCCUGUAAAGAAAAAGAGACAGUCCUGGUUUCCUCCACCCCCUCCAGGCUGCAAUACCACCCCAAGCACAGGAGCAAUCAAAAGGGAGACAACUGUUCACCCUCCCAUACCUCCAAAGCCCAAUUCCCCUGUUGCAUCUCCUCACCUGCCGAGACGGGAUAAUAGGCAGAUAUGUCCACCUAAACCAGGUGUACACACAGAAGCCCACAGAUCUGCUGAAAGAAAUCUAAGGAGUCAGGAUCUUGAGAACAUUGUCAAAGUGGCCUCUUCACUUCAGAAGACUGAUAAGGGUGAAGAAUUGGAUAAUCUGAUCCAGAUGAACAAAAGCUUGAGUAGAAAUCAAGGUCUUGACGGUCUCUUCAGAGCAAAUCCUAAGACAGAGCAAACAGAGAAAAGAGCCAAAAGCCUUGAAAAUCUCAUCUUUUUGAAUUCCUUGAUGGAUAAAGAUGGAAAAGGAAGCCAAGACCUUGGGAACCCUACUAAAGUCAACCAAAAGUCUGACAAGCAGGAGAAAGGUCAGGAUUUUGAAAUGAUUAUCACACCGAACACCAGGACAGAUAAAAAUAGUUUGAAACUGAACCUUGAUCAUGUUAUCAAAGUGAACCCCAAAAGAAGUGAAUAUUCCACUGGAAAACAAGACCUCAAUGGACAUAUUAAAGUAAACCCUGAAAUAAAUAAAAAUAUCAAGAGGGGACAGAGCCUUGAAAAUCUCAUCAAAGUGACUCCUGAUGUAAGCAGAAGUAGCCCAAGUUCCAAAGACCUUGAUAAACUCAUCAAAAUGAAUCCAAGAACAGGAAAGAGUAUGCAAGGUGGCCAAAGUCUUGACAACCUCAUCAAAGUGGUUCCCGACACAAGCAGAACUCAUCACCGGAAACAAGACCUGGAAAAUCUUACCAAAGUAGUCUUCUCAGCAAACAAAAGCAGUGAACAGGGUCUCAAUGAGCUCAUCAGUGUAAGCCCCAAAGCUGUCAAAAAGAUGACUGGAGACCAAGACCUAGAAAAUAUAGUUGAAGUAAAUUCUAAUGUGUCCAAACAUAAGAAUGGAAGGCAAGAUGGCCAUGUCAAUGAAACCGCUGAUGCCGUCAACAACCAGUCUACUAGAACAAGUGCUUAUGAAACCAGAAAGACUCUCAGCUCCAAUUCUGAAACCAGGAAUGCAGGACCAAAGGAUACCAUUGUGUACACAACAACUUAUGUGGAGAAUAGGAAAUCACCAAAGGUUGGCUAUCGAGAGAAUGUUUCUGGAAAAUACAUACAGACUGUUUAUUCGACAUCUGAUAGGUCUGUCAUUGAAAGAGAUAUGUGCACUUACUGUCGAAAACCCUUGGGCACAGAAACGAAAAUGAUUUUAGAUGAAUUACAAAUUUGCUGCCAUUCUACUUGCUUCAAGUGUGAAAUAUGCAAGCAGCCUUUGGAAAAUCUACAAGCAGGUGACAGCAUUUGGAUUUAUAGACAGACAAUACACUGUGAACCUUGUUACUCCAAAGUUGUGGCAAAGUGGAUACAAUAAUUCUGCCAUAUGGAAAUCAAGAUGCAAGCAUUCAUUAAGGAAUUAAGCAUUAUUUUAAGAAAAUGUAAUCUAGAAAAGCUUUUACACUGAUGAUUGACUCAUACAAUUAAGAACUCUGCUGUUGCAUAAAUAAUCUAAUUGCCUUCAAAAGGUCAGAUAAAAAAAAAAGAAACUAUCUAGUACUGAGUAGAUUUGGUGAUCAAAAAUCCAAAGGUUUCCAUUUACCAAAUGUCAAAGGAUGAUACAUCUGCUGGCAAUGAGCAUUGAGGACUCUACCCAGGUCUAAUCCUGCACCACCAAGCUAGGCAUGAUGGUUCCCAUGACAGAAAGUUUCUCGUUUUCUCCUCUAUAUUUCCCUAAGAUUUGGAUUUCCAGACAUUAUUGACUCCGGAGAAACUGUCAAAGCAGCAAGAUAUGUUUUCUUUAUGUGCCAAAGAAAUUAUAAUAGAAUUUUUCUUGUAAAGGUUGGCAGAAAGAUCUUACUAUACAAAGCUGAAUGGAUCUCAGAAAAAAAUCACUUAAGCUUUCCAGAUCUCUGUGUCAUUAUCUGCACAUGAAGGACAUUGAACAAAAUUAUUUCUAAAGUCCAUUUGAUUCCCAAAUUCUCUAAUUCUAAGACAAGUUUUUCUUUGCCCUUUUGAAAGAUCCCUGAAUGUGUAUUUGUUAAGCCUACUGAACUGAAGAGGACGUCUUAACCCUGUAGAGUCAUCCUUCAGUUUAUUACAGAUACAUGCUUAUAGAGUUUGUUUUUAAAACAGAAAAACAUGGAUUUACGGGUAGUGGGUAAAGUCUGACAUGUGUAGUUAUAUAUAAUUUGUUAAAUAUCUCUUUGCAUGCAUUUCAAAACAUGGGUAUACAAAUCAUCUUUGAGAAAUAAUGAUUAUGGACAACAGAUAGAUUCUUUAGCAUGUUACAUCUAUCCAUACUACAUAACACUUCAGAUUUACAGACCUCUGAUAAAUAAAAUCAACUAUC